CCACUUCCUUCUCUAAACACCGACACGCAGUUCAUUUAUAUUCUGCCUCUAUGAUGGUAGCCGGUAACCUAUAACCUCCUAUAAUACGAGAUAUUUAAAUUCUAUAUAUUAAUUCAAUCCUCGUUUGCGUCGUUAAUUGCCUAUUAUCGCGCAAUUAUCACGAGAAACUUAAGAAACGCGCUAUGGUUGAGGAAUCAGAGCAGUUGCCACCAAUAGAUGUGAAGGAACCAUUGGAUCUUAUAAAGCUAAGCUUGGAGGAGAGGAUUUAUGUAAAGAUGAGAAACGAGAGAGAACUCCGAGGAAAGCUACAUGCCUUUGACCAACACUUGAACAUGGUGCUGGGUGAUGUAGAAGAGAUCAUAAACAUAGUGGAGAUCGAUGAGGAAACAUACGAAGAGAUUUAUCGCCAGAAAAAGAGAACUAUCCAGAUGCUAUUUGUACGCGGCGACGGUGUCAUCCUAGUAUCUCCACCCACAUAAAAUCAGCGUGACAUUUGAUGAAACAUUUCGUGUGUGAAGCUAUCAAUAUUUUCUGCAUAAUUCUAUGGGAUUUUGUUAAAAUGUCCAAAAGAUUUAUAGAACCCAAGCUGGGCACCUGAAAGAUCAAAAAAGAUUUCAUGAUUGCUCUAUUUAAUUCAGUUAUACUAUACAUAGUAUAAUAUAUUAUAAUUUCAUUUUUGUAUAAUAUUGUAAGAUUACAUGAAUGGCCCAACUAGAUAAUAAUAAAAAGUGUAUUCUUUUAUACAUAUGUCAAAAAAAAAACAAGCUAAGCUGUGUUAUAUAAAAGCUACAAUCGGA